UCCCCACUUUUAAUCUUUAACCUAAACCAUAUCAAGGGAUUCAACAAAUAUAUUUCAAGCUUUACCUCUCAUACAUGCUUUCUUAGGCAGAUGAUUGUGUGAAAUGUCCAAGUACUGUCUGCAAAACACACUUAACUAUCUUCCUCCUGCAAUAAACAAUCAUCGUCAUCGUGGUAAGAUGGUUUUUAACCUGCACUACACUCCUUCUCCUAAUCAAUGUAAUGAAGACACAACUCUCAGAGGAGUUAAAACGCUAAAGAGGGCCAAACAGGUGAUCAGGCAACAGGUACAAAGGAUCCAGAGAGAGAGAGAGAGAGAGAAGAGGGGAGGAGCAGGUGAGCCUCACAAUGAGUUGACUCUGGCAGUAGUUGUUGUUGGCUUUCGUCGCUGCUGCAGCGUGGCGUGCAGAGGGACAGCAGCAGCUCCCGGACCAUAUGAUCUUUUCCACCGAGCGGAACUCAGGGAUGAUCCUCCAACAGAUGGCGAAAGUGUGAGACAACAACGAAUGGCUUCCACAGGGAGCAGCCUCCGCAUCCAGGGGGAUGACAACCUCCGGUCCAUGCUUGUUGGGACGGUUAUGAGGAAAAUCAAGUCUCGCACCUGGAAGAAACAGCGCUACUUCAAACUGCAAGAUGACUGCAUGACCAUCUGGUACAAGUCCAAGAAGGCUGGCAACACCCACUCCACAUUUUCGGUGGGUGAUGUGGAGGCCAUAAGAGAGGGCCACCAGUCCGAGGUGCUGCUUAGCAUCGCCGACGAGUUCCCACCUGACCGAUGCUUCACAGUGGUCUUCCGGGGUCGCAGGGGCAACCUGGACCUGGUCGCCGAGUCAGCUGAGGAAGCACAGUCCUGGAUCAGAGGCAUGAAAAAGCUGAUCGAGAAUCUGGAGAACAUGGGGGAGCGAGAGAAACUAGAUCAAUGGAUCGGUGACUGGUUCAAGAAGGCCGAUAAGAACAAUGACGGCAGGAUGAACUUCAAGGAAGUGCAGGAUUUGCUGAAGAUGAUGAAUGUGGACAUGAACGAGCACCACGCUCAUCGCCUCUUCACGAUGGCUGAUAAGUCCCAGUCGGGUACGCUGGAGGACGACGAGUUUGUGUUCUUCUACAAAAUGUUGACCCAGCGGGAGGAUGUACUGAGGGUUUUCCAGGAGUACUCAGUUGAUGGCCAGAAGUUAUCCCUGAGCGACUUGGAGGACUUCCUGAGGGAGGAGCAGCUGGAAGGGGGUGACAUCGAGCAGCACGCCAAGCAGCUUAUUGAAUGCUAUGAGCCCUCUGAAACAGCCAAGCUGCUGAACGCCAUGACAUUUGACGGUUUCUUGAUGUACCUGGGCUCAGCUGAGGGCUCCAUCUUCAACCCACAGCGGCGGCGUGUCUUUCAGGACAUGAGCCAGCCUCUGUGCCAUUACUUCAUCUCCUCCUCUCACAACACCUACCUGAUGGAGGACCAGCUCAGAGGACAGAGCAGUAUAGAGGGCUACAUCAGGGCUCUGAGUCGCGGCUGCCGAUGCGUGGAAGUGGACUGCUGGGACGGUGCCAACGGAGAGCCCAUCGUCUACCAUGGACACACGUUCACCUCCAAGAUACUUUUCAAAGAUGUGGUCAACACAGUGGGCAACUAUGCCUUCAAGGUCUCAGAAUACCCGGUCAUUCUGUCCAUCGAGAACCACUGCAGUGUUGAGCAACAGAGAGUCAUGGCCCAACACCUCAACCACAUCCUUGGAGAUAAGCUGCUGAAAAGGACACUGGACGGCAAGGCCCCCAUAGGGCUCCCAUCUCCUGAGGACCUUAAAGGGAAGAUCCUGCUGAAGGCGAAGAAGAUCGGCGGCCUGGAGGAAAGCUUUAACGGGAUGGUGGAAGACUCUAUGACCGGCGAGGUCAGCGAUGAAGACGAGGCGGCCGAAAUUGACGAGGAUAACCUCCAUCGCGAGAGUGUCCGUCGCAGGAUUAAGAGGUCAAGGCAGCGUCUCUCCAAGGAACUGUCAGACUACGUCGUUUACUGCAAAAGCGUCCACUUCAGCAGCUUCAAACACUCCCGCAUUCACUCCAAGUUCUACGAGGUGGCCUCUUUCACAGAGUCCAAGGCCCGCAAACACCUGAGAGAGGCCGGACCCGAGUUUGUGCACCAUAACUCGCGGCAGCUGACCAGAGUUUAUCCCAGUGGCUUCCGAACUGACUCCUCCAAUUUCAAUCCUCAGGAAAUGUGGAAUACUGGGUGCCAAAUCGUUGCAUUGAACUUCCAGACUGCCGGGGAAGGAAUGGAUCUGAACGACGGACUGUUCAGUCAGAAUGGCAACUGCGGCUACGUCCUUAAGCCCAGUUUCAUGAGAGAGGCCGAGAAAGGAUUUGACCCCGAGAUGCCCCAAAAACAUGAUCGCUACCAGCCUGUCGUCCUCACCGUACAGGUGAUCAGUGGUCAGCAGCUGCCUAAAGUCAACAUCAAGGAGGACUCUAUAGUGGAUCCUCUGGUCAGAGUGGAGAUCCACGGGGUUCCUAUGGACCAGGCCAAGCAGGAGACCAGAUACAUCGAGAACAAUGGGUUCAACCCUGUGUGGUAUGACACUCUGCGCUUCACCAUCCACACUCCAGAGCUGGCCAUGGUGCGCUUUGUAGUGGAGGACUAUGACAAGACAUCCAAAAAUGACUUUGUGGGGCAGUUUACACUCCCUCUCAGCUGCAUGCAGCAAGGUUAUCGUCACAUUCAUUUAUUGUCCAAAGAUGGAACCAGUAUUCCGCCUUCCUCCUUAUUCGUACACAUCAGGAUCACAGAGUUGGAAUAAACCCUCUUCAGCUUCCUCAUCCACUGCUGGAAGGAACAUCCUCAGCAUGUAGCUACUAUCUAGUGAUGAGACUAGAAUCCUUUCUUAUAGUUCCUAAGACAGCAUUUAAUAUUAUACUUAUUUGAUGUGAAAAAUAUUACGCCAAAUGUUUAGUGGUUGCUAGGUGUAUUUUAGAUAUGCAUGUUUUUUUGUUUUGUUCACUGUGUGUGCAACUAGUUCCUGUGAUUGACUUGAACCCCGCUGCUCAUGUUUGGUGUAGUGUGUCUGUAGCACAAAAAUACUGCUGAUUAUUGUGUUGUAGAGAAGAAUGUGCCACCAAUCAUUAAUCAGGAUGUUUAUUUUCUGUCAGUAUUUCUUCGCGACCAGCACUUAGUGGACACUGUCACUUUCGCUUCAGUCAACACGGAAAACUCCCUUCUCCUGUAGCCACAUGGAUAGAGAAAUGCUUGGCAAAAUGCAAUGGGGGAUGUCCAGCGAGAACUAAAGUACUACGUUUGAAAAUUCAGAAGGAGAUCAAGUUGAAUUUGAAUUCUAUCUUCUGAAUCAGAUGAUACGGAACUGCUCAAAUACAGGGAAGGUGUGCUUCACUAUCCUGCAUUCACACUUUUGUUAUCAAAAACCACAACUUUCUACUGUUCACUGUCACUUUUGGCUGCUUUUCUGCUCUUAUCAACACCAGAUUCUUCUGCACGUCACUCUUUUGUAAAAGAAAAGGGUGAUCGUUGUUAAGCUCCCUUACUUAGCUUGAAAAACACGAGUACUCAAGAGUAUAUUGUGUCAUCUGAUGUUAUUUUUGUGGUAUGUAAAUAUUACCCAUUUGUCUAAAUGUGUUUUGAUAUGUCUAUUUUUGUAUUCAUGCAAACAUUAAUAUGUACUGUACAGUAUGGCGCAGUGUAGUGUUUAAAUGACUAGUUGCUUGUUUUAUAUUGUAGAAAACCUCAUAUUCAUUUGUCACAUCUACCUGCAAAUAAAUAUGAUUUUCACUUAA